AUGUCUAGGCACGCCAUUAAUGGGGGCAGUCGGCAAACGGUUGAGUCUGCACCACCAAGACUAAUUCGGGUAGAGAGGCGGCCAAGCAUGGAGAAGAAGUUAGCUACCAUUAAAGAAGAUGAAUGCAGCAGUGGUGAUCAGCUUCAAAAUUUCCAUGGAAAUCGUGCUGCAGCAUUUGCAUCUUCUUCCUCGAAGACCCUUAACACUACAAAACACUAUGCUUGCCCGGUGGUUUUCGUUGAGUUUCUAAGGCUGGGUGAGUGGUGGGUGUGGGUGCUGACCUGUACCUCAGCCAUCUUCUUUGCCAAAGAGAUAGAAAUUAACGACAGUGGGGCUGCUGAGGAGAGAGAAAAUCUCGGCAUGUCGAGGACCCCGCACAAUGUUGUCAAGCUUCACACCAGGGGCAGUUAA